ACCCUGGAAUGUAGUGGUUACCAUGGUGACAGUGCGGCACCGUUUAAUCUUGGGUAGAAGCGCGCGCGCGACUAACGAUCCUGGAGAGCUCGAGCUUGUCAUCGCAGAUGAUCAGCCAUCAUCAGUCCACGUUCCUCCAGUAGGCUAUUUUUUGCGUUUCUUCGAUGCGACCAGUCUCCAAAAACAGCGCGUGAAGCUUUGCUCGCACCGGGAGGCGGCGUUCAUGAAGCGGUUUGGCGACGCCGACGCGGUCCAAGCGGUCGAUUAUAGGAGUCGGAGCGCACUUCUUCUCGUAAUCGUCUCCACAGACUCGUCAAGCGAGUCUGUGAACUUUGCCAUCUGGGACACUGUCGUCCGACGCCAUGAGCUGGAGCUUCCUGACGCGUCUGCUAGAGGAGAUUCAAAACCAUUCCACACCAGUAGGGAAACUCUGGCUUACCGCACUGGUCGUAUUCCGCAUCGUGCUGACAGCAGUGGGUGGAGAGUCUAUCUACUAUGACGAGCAGAGCAAGUUUGUCUGCAACUCAGGCCAGCCUGGAUGUGAAAACGUCUGCUAUGACGCCUUUGCGCCACUCUCACAUGUUCGGUUCUGGGUAUUCCAGAUCAUCUUCUCUGCCAUGCCAUCACUCCUCUACAUGGGUUACGCAGCUAAUAAGAUCUCUCGUACCAAAGAGAUGUCAGGGACCGGGGAUGGGGAUCCAGCAGGGGGUGGAGCAGAAGGUGGGUACACACAUCGGAGGCCAAAAAAGCUGUACUUCGGGGCACGUCAGCUUCGGGCAGGCCAUGAGAAUCCAGGCGAGGAGAAAGAGGAUGACCCAAUGAUCUAUGAGGUGCCUGAGCUAGAUAACACUCGACAGGAGCUUGUUCCACCACGGCCCAAACCCAAAGUGCGCCAUGACGGGCGACGGCGUAUUCGGGACGAUGGCCUGAUGCGAGUGUAUGUACUACAGCUGCUGACGCGUUCAGCUCUGGAAGCAGCUUUCCUGGCCGGACAGUAUCUGCUGUAUGGCUUCCAUGUGGCACCCAUCUAUGUGUGUACUGGUAAGCCUUGCCCACACCGGGUGGACUGUUUUGUUUCACGGCCCACAGAGAAGACCAUUUUCUUGCGCAUCAUGUACGGCGUCAGCUGCCUCUGUUUGUUACUAAACGUAUGGGAAAUGAUUCACCUUGGAGUGGGCACUAUCAAAGAUGCCCUGCAAAAACGUCAUGCUGCUGCUGAGGAAGAAUACCAGCUGGGCCUGCUGGGGGCUGCGGGCAUGUCUGACAGAAUAAGCGUGCCAGCACUCAAUGAAGGAGAAAUGGUGGACGACGUCGGGAGCAGAGUCAGGGAGGCAGACUAUGUGGGCUAUCCGUUCUCCUGGAACACCCCAUCUGCACCACCAGGUUAUAACAUCGUGAUGAAGCCUGAAGCCAUGCCCUACACAGACCUGAGCAAUGCCAAGAUGGCAUGCAAGCAGAACCGUGCCAACAUCGCCCAAGAGGAGCAGCAGCAGUUUGGUUCCAAUGAGGACAACUUCCCUUCGGCGAGUGAUGCUCGGCCGCCACCAGUCAACGAAGAUGCUGUGCAGUUAGAGGCAGCUAUUCAGGCUUAUGCCCUCCAACACAGUGCCAGCAAUAGCCAUAAUGAGAUGCAUGAUAACCACAAUAAUGACGAUAAGCCACAAAGUAACAUCCCAACUGUUUCUCAGAAGGACAGGAAACAUCGGCUAAAACCUGGAAAAGCAGGCAGUGCUGGGAGCAGCAGCAGUAGUAAAUCUGGGGAGGGCAAACCAUCUGUAUGGAUCUGACACAAUCUUUACACAGAUGCUCUUUGCAUAAUCUUGGCCGUUUACAUACACACACACACACUUUACACAUAUGCACAGAUAAUACAGUUUUUAUGGAUACACUGUAUAUUUGCAUACUGUAUACUGUUGUUGGCAUAGCAUGUUUUUAAAUAUCUUUUGUGCCUUAUGAUCCAGGGUACGCUGGAAGUGUGAAGGUAAUCUUUGAACUGAUAGUCUUCCAUAUCAGCACUUGGCCAUAAUUUUUUUCAGAAAAUAAUUUGAUAAAAUGGACUUUGGUGACACUGGUGUAAGAAUCUCCUGAGUCUUCCUGGGAUUAAGCAGGGUAAUUCCAAACGAAACUAUUUCUAUAAACUAGGACUACAACAUCUAAAGGUGUACCUGAUCCCAGAUUUUCCAUUGACCAUAUAAUACCAGAACUUGGGAUAUCAGCUGCUACGCAAUGCCAAGUUAUCAGAGGCGUUAUGGUGACAUGCUUUAGGACAAUGUAAGGUCUGUGUUCAUGUCCAUGACAUGUGCUAUGUCAUUCCACAUAAAUGGUAUUAAUGGCAUAAUGUGAAUCAGGCCAAUACUGUGUACAUGCCUAAUGUGAAUACACUGUUAAAUUUAUUGAUGAUUUAUUAUGCUGUGACAUCAAACCGCAAUGACGUCACACGGUGUUCAUUUUAUUUCUUCUAUCCUGGAGGAUGGAUCUUGUUCAAAAAUACCCACACGGACACACAAAUUUACAGAAGACUUGCCUACCAUCAGCUCUUUUUCUUGCUUAUUGACUCACAUGACAAGGCAGUUUAGGGGCAAUGCUGACAUCCUACCAUUUCCUGGUACUCUCUCAGAGCCUUCACAUAGAAAACUGACACAUUUAGUCACACUAUUGUGUACACUGUGUGAAAAAUGGGUUAUUGUUUAGUCAUACUGACCCCUUCUGCUCAAUUGGAGUUAUUUCAGUUAACUGGCCGCAAGGACCCAGUAAAAAGCAGUUAGUUGAGUAGUGAAGUCGGUUUAAUUUUUAAAAAAUGUAGUAAUUAUUCCCAUUUUCAGCUAUAUUUAUUUACCCUUUAAAGAUUACAGGCACCUAAUAUCCAGUCACUGUGUAUACAUUUAUGCCCAUGCAGGCACUCAUGUUUAAACAGCCUGUGUAUUGUGUGAAGUCUUCCAUUUUGACUUGUAUGGCCACAUUCCAAAUUAUAAUUAUUUUUUUUGCCUUUUUCUGCACUGGUCUGAUGGCAAAAAAAUGAAUGCUCUGGGAGACCAAAUACUGUUUGCUGGCAUGGAUUUAUCCUCCUGCUCUGCCGUGAUACUAACUAAGCAGAAAAGGCCAUAUACAAAUUCUGUAUUAUAUGAGAGCGAUGGAGAAGACAAACCCUUUAUAUUUCAGCAAUACUUUUCUGUAACAAUGACUGUGGAUUUGGGUAAAAUUAUUAAUAUGGGCAAGAUUUGGUUUGUUGUAUGCAAAUGAUUUUUCUUUUAUAUGUAUAUCAAUGUUUUUGUAUGUGGACUUCAAUUCAGUAUUUAUCAUACACUUUUUUUUUUUUGGUGAAGCCACUUUUGUAGGGUUUAUUUCAUUGCAUUCGAUUUUCUAACAAAAAUGGACCUCAUUUUUGUAUGAAGCUACAGAUGAAACACUUUUGAGUGUGUAAUACUUCCAAUAUCUUUAGCUCUUCCAAAUGAUUGGUACUGAGAUAAAUCUGAAUUUGCACUUUAAAAAAAAAAAAAAAUGUGAAGAAAUGUUAUUCGAUCUGAAGUGGCACCAAAAAUAUAUUUAAAUGUGUUUGUUUGAGGCCAUGCAACAAAUAAAGCAGGAAGAAAAAGAUUCCAUUAUUAGGAUCACUAAACCAUUUUUAGAGCAGAUGAAUUUUUAAGAGCUCGAAAAAAACAAGGGAAAUACACAUUUGACACCACUGUAUCCCAAAUGUGCUUUGACCCUGAAUCAGGAUGAACUCCCUAAAGAGGCUUUUUUUCUCUCUCUAAGUGUGAAGGCUACUAGCACAGUUCUGAGCCAUCUUCUCAGCAGGGUCACAACAGCUGAUGGCGCUGUAUACUCAUGUGCCUGUAUUUCCUUCCACUGAAUUAGGAUUUUAAAAUGUAGGUAUCUAGAAAAUCUCUCCUUACUUGUCUUGCUGCCCCUUAACCUGUCUUUUUUAUCUCUCCUUUGUAAAUCAUAUGAAGGAAAUACAUUUAUUGUAUUAAAAAAAAUCUUAUCGUGCCAAGCUGUAAUAAAAAAAAAAAAAAAAACAUGGAAAACCCAUGUUUUUUGAGUUCAUGAAAUGCAUGCCCAAACUUAUUUUGUUAAUAAACAAGGACAAUGAAUAAAUGUGUUUCUCAGUUUCA